AUGGGAAAACUAAGUCAAAAUUUAAGUGGACCUCGCUAUUUACUGAUCUCAUUUUUCUUCUCGUUUGGUUGUCUGUAUUUGAUUUUAUAUUUUUACCAAAAUCAUUUGGAACUAGAAGAAACCAGUACCACUAUUAAGCCUCAGAUUAUUCAUUGGACAAAAUUAAAAACCAAUCUGGAUUGUUAUUAUUCGGUACAAGAUGACGCGCUGCCGUCUCUUGAAAACGAAAACUUUUCAACAGGAGACAAGGCCAUAUUUUUUCAUGAAACAUCGUGCCGCGGUGGGAUUAACUCCAGGCAGGCCUGUGCAAUAGAGUCAGCCGCAAGAUUACACCCAAAAUGGCAGAUCAACUUGUUAUUUAAUUCACCAGUCACCGAAUACAUCAUCAAGAACAGUAAUCUCGUGAAAUUACUCAAGUACGGCAAUGUGAAACUAGGUAGAUUAAAAAUUAAUCAAUACGGAAAAGGAACAAUAGUAGAAGACAUACUUACAAAUCAAUUAAAGCAAAGCGCACAUCCUAUCGAGCAUGCAGCUGAUAUACUUAGAAUAGUUACUUUACACAAAUUCGGCGGCGUUUACUUGGAUACAGACUCCAUUCUUGUUAGAAAUUUAGAAGCGCUGCCACCGAAUUGGAUCGCUAAGGAAGAGGACUCACAGGUGUCAUCGGGCGCAAUGGCGUUCACGAAAGAUGGUUUUGGUAGAAACUUGACUACAGCUAUUUUAAUUGAACUUCGAGAUACUUUCAACCCAAAGUCCUGGUCUUAUAACGGACCGGCUGCAAUCAAGCGAGUUCUGAACAGAAUGUGUCCAAAUUAUACCAACUGUAAAGAUCUCGAAGUAUUCUCACCUAAGGAUUUUUACCCAAUAUAUUAUACAAAACAUAAGUUUUACUUCGAAAACGGUACACUCACGAACAUGGAACAUCCAUACAUGCAUCACAUGUGGAACUACUUGACAAAAGAUUUGAAAAUUGAGAAGUAUUCUCCUUAUGCUGCACUCGCAAGGCAAUUUUGUCCAACGAUCUACAAAAUGUAUGGCGAUCAGUUUGGAGAAUAA